UUGAAUUUAUCCACACCCACAUUUGUCUUUUCCAACCACGCUUUAAGAUUCGUGAAACCCAGAUCAACAACACAUGCGGUAAUCUCACCUUACCGGUGACCAUAUCCCACCACCUCCAUCCAUUUCCCGAGAAGAAGCACCAGCACAGUGUUGCUUCAGUAUUCGCUCUUACUAUCUCUCUUUUUCCCAUCAAUACAUCCAUCGCUUCCCUUGAAACCCUAGCUGAGAAGAGCCGUGCCUUUUCCCGGUAAUGGGGUUCGAUCGCUCCGGCGGCUUCAAGGUUGGCGAAGAGGUCGAGGUGAGUUGCGACGACGAGGGUUUUCAUGGUGCCUGGUACGAGGCCACGGUGGCUCGCCGAUUGAACGGAAGCCGCCGCUUGUCGAUCAUCUACACCUCGCUUCUCUCUGAUACUGAUCCAUCACAGCGGCUCCAAGAGUCGGUGGACCUCACCCAUGUCCGACCUCGCCCGCCACGGCUGAGGAAGCGGGCGUUCGAGGUGUUUCAGCUCGUGGAGGGGUAUCACAGGGAUGGAUGGUGGCCGGGAGUGGUGGCUGGGGUUCGUGGGAAACAGUGCUUGGUUUCCUUUCCGAGCACGAAGGAGGAGCUCGAGUUCCCGGCGUCCAAAAUCCGGCCACGGCUCAACUGGUUCAAAGGCCGGUGGAUCACCGCCGGCGACGAGGGUUGCCUGGAGGAUAAAUUCAGUGUUGGAGCUCAAGUGGAGGUUACCCGAGACAAGGAGAUUUAUGGAGCUGCAUGGUUUCCUGGGAGAGUUGUUAAGGUGGUUGGUGAUACCUAUUUCUUGGUGGAGUAUGAAAAUCUGAGGCCAAAUGAUAAUACAUGUACUAAGGGUAAUGAGCCUCUGAGAGAAAUUGUUGAUGAUCAAUACAUGAGACCUUCUCCUCCUGAUACUGCCUACGUAAAGGAUUUCUGUAUUCAAGAUGAAGUGGAAGUCUUGGUUUGUGGAAGGUGGUUGGCUGGGGUUAUCUCUAAGAUCAUACUUUUUGGGUCCAAAUACAUUGUCAAGCUUAAGUACCAAGACUUGGAGGACGGGUUUGAUAUCUCUGAGCUGAGGCUUCAUUAUGACUGGACUGAUGGACAGUGGAUUUGUACUUCUAUGCGCAACCGGGGAAAAUCAGUUGUUGCUGGUAAAACCAUGUCAGUUGAUGGUAGACAGAAAUCAGGAGUUGAAGGAUCUUUUCCACAAGUUCAAAUUAAUGGAAUCAUUGCCAAUGAAUCAAGUGAACCACUCUCACAUAAUAUGAUCCCGGCAUGCAAAGGAAAACGAACAUCAAGACAGAAACAAGUGUCCAAUUCAUGUUCUAGAAAGAGAACAGAAACAGAACCAGAGUUGGACAUUGUGAUGCCAAAGCGAAAUAAGUUAGAUGGAUCAGGCAGUGAAGAUCUGUGCGAGGAUCCUCAACCUCAUAGAAACUCAAACGAGGAAGAGACUACACUUGUAGAAAUCAUGGAAGAGCAAUGCCAUUCUGAGAGCUAUUUACAAGGGAAGAGCACAACUACAACACAAUUGGCAUCGGAAUCACCUCCCGACACUUCAGAAGACCUCCUUUAUGAACAAUUCAAGCGUAACUUAUAUGAAGUAACUGGUACCCCUGAUCUCUCAACUGCUGACAUGGGAAACCAUGAAAACAGUAACGGUGCUAACAUAAACACCACAAAGCGAAUCAAGAAGAUUGCUGUUCGAAAUUCUAGCCGAUUAAGGAAAACUCUUGAUCUUGAUGUCUUAGACGAACCAACAGAAGAGGAAAGAAUUGAGACCACUGGCACACCACUAAAAAAAUUCGCCACUCUUGAAAAUGUGUCUGUAGCAUGUGAACAGGAGCAUAUAAAAAAAUCUGCUGAGGUAGUUGUUGAAAGUGAGAACGGAAGGAAAGAGGUUGCACUCCCUUCUCCAAAUCCACCCAGUUACUUGAACAAUGAGAUGGAGUCAGUUAUGAGAAAUGAGUUUCCCACACCAGUUGGAGAUAUUAUUGGUGAUCCAUCAGAAACUUAUGUGAGCGCUGAACGGAUCAAUCGGAGACUGAAAAUAUUGGAUACUUGGACACUACCAAAGAAGGAUUAUCACGCAGCACCUUGUUUGAACCAUUCUACCAGAUCCAAACCAAGAGAAUCAACGGAAAAUUCCCCUCAGUGUGAUUUCAAUGAGGCUGUAAUUGAAGUUCCUUUGGAUGAAGACAGCUCUAAUAUUCAUCAAGAGCCUAUGACUAACUGGUUAGCUUUGAAGCAAACCUCUGUUGACAAAAAUGGGGCUUCAGGGAAGUUCUUGGCUAAUAAUUCAGCUGGCAAGGGACAUACGCUGCCAUUUGAGAAGAACGAGGUCAUGUGGAAACCAUUUGAAUCUCUGGAAAUCUUUCAUAUGAUGCCCCAACAGCCACAUUUCCGGGCUUUAGAGCAGUACUGUGAGGAGUUCCGUGAAGGAAUGGCAAUUGGUUUUAUGGUGACUUUUGCCAACUUGAUCAAUGACCUUGCUAAGUUACGCAUCACUGAUUCUACUGAAGUUUUUCUGGCUAAGUUAAAGGCUCUUCCGCGGUUAGAAGCAAAUGGUUUUGAUGUCCAAUGCCUCCGUUCCCGCAUAGAAAAACUGCUAAAAAUAAAAUGUGAACAAAACCAACAUGAAAUGAAGAGAGCUUCAUUGGAUGAACAGAUCUCAGAGCGGAACAACGAGAAUACUCAGUACAAUACCAUGAUCGCUGGAUUGGACAAGAACAUAGCGGACGUGGAGAAAACCCUCGCACAUUUACAUGAGAAGCGCUCGUCAACAAUCAUGCUAAAAAAAACAAAUGACUCCGAGAUUGUGAACAUGCAGAAAGACCUUCGGUCAACAGAGGAAGCUUUUCUUUCUUCUGAACAUGAUUUCCAUGCUACUCUAGUUGCACCAUGGUGGUAACAGCAAGUCUACAGUUAACCAUAUGGCUCCUAUUUUGGGUGUAUUUAUGAGAUUUCCACUGGUGGUAAUGCUGGCUAUGUGAUUUAUCUAUCUGUUAUUUUGGUUAGAGAAUGAAUAGGUUGUGUUAAUAUGUUAUUAGAAAGACAGUGUUACUUUUCUUUGAACUUGGUUUGCAAACUACUGCACCACUACUAAUGCCUAUGUUUAACUUAUGUUGACGUCUAUUGUUAAACUUUUUCUGAGUCUGCCUUCUGUUA